AAGUUAUUAUUAACUUAUUAUAGUGUGCUUCCCUUAUAUUUCUAUAAAGUUAAACUAUACAAAAGCUCACGUAAAUUACCUAUACUGUUUACCGCCGGCGAGGCGCCACCGGGGUCUUCUCGUUUGCGUCACAAUCUGCGAACUCGACAAUGGCCGCUUCUCUUACGCGAUCCUUAAUUUCCCCCCUCACGAGCCGAACCCCUGCUAAACCCUCGCGCUCCGAUCAAGCGCCGCAGAUUCUACUUUGCGCAAGACGGCGCUCCUGCGUGUCGGUACGAGCCUCCACAUUCGGUAACAACAAUUCGUCUGAUGGAGCCGCUGUUUCCUCUGCAUGCAAUGUGCUAACCCAGGAUUCGCUUCCGAGGCGUUUGACGUCGGCGCCAGUGCCUAAUUCAGGGUCCGGUGGUUCUCCCCUCCGCGUUGCUUAUCAGGGGCUCUGUGGGGCACAUAGCGAAUCUGCUGCCCAGAAGGCAUAUCCCAACUGUGAGCCGGUACCUUGCGAUCAAUUCGAAACUGCAUUUGAAGCUGUUGAAGGCUGCUCUGUGGACAGAGCUGUGUUACCCAUCGAAAACUCUUUGGGUGGGAGUAUCCACAGAAAUUACGACCUCUUACUCCGACACAGGCUACAUAUAGUUGGAGAAAUAAAAUAUGCUGUUCGUCAUUGCUUGCUAGCAAAUCAAGGUGUUAAAGUUGAACACUUGAAGAGGGUUCUAAGUCAUCCCCAGGCACUUGCUCAAUGUGAACAUACGUUAACCAGGUUGGGAUUGGUUAGAGAAGCAGUGGAUGAUACUGCUGGUGCAGCAAAGCAUGUUGCACUCAAGAAAUUGGAGGACACAGGAGCUGUUGCUAGUUCCGCUGCAGCUGAAAUCUAUGGCCUAGAUAUAUUAGCAGAAGACAUUCAGGAUGCCUCUCUCAACGUUACAAGAUUUCUGAUGUUGGCGAGGGAGCCCAUAAUUGCAGGCACUGAUCGUCCCUUCAAGACAAGCAUAGUCUUUUCACUUGAGGAGGGCCCUGGAAUACUUCACAAGGCUCUUGCAGUUUUUGCAGAGAGGCAAAUCAACCUAACGAAAAUUGAGAGCCGCCCUAUGAGUUGGAGUUCUGAGAGAUUUCCUGGACUAGAUGCCAGUGGACUUCAGAAAUGCUUUCACUAUCUGUUCUAUGCCGAUUUUGAGGCUUCAAUGGCUAGUGAUGAUGCUAAAAGGGCCCUACAAGAUCUAGAAAAGCUUGCAACAUCCUUGCGGAUUUUAGGAAGUUAUCCGGCUGAUACUACCAUGCUAUGACGAAACUCCUGGAAUGCAGUAAGCAUUUACCUGAUUGAUUGCUUUGCAUAUGCUUCAUUUCUUCCGUUCUUAAGACGGUACUGAAUGUUUACCAGCAGUUUUUGCAGAGAUGAUUUGAUGCACUAGUGUGAUGGAUGGCCACCACCAUGCUUCGUACGUGGCUAGAGGGCCGGCCCAAAAAGCCCAUCAACGUAGGACUACUGCUGCUGUCAUAAGAUAGCUUUGAUAAUUGUUUUUGCAUACAUAGGUUGAAAAACUUAACAUCGAGCACAAUCUCGAUAUAAAAAAGGUAUUAUUUUGUUUCUGGGGGAAAACAUCAUAAACAGACAAAAGAAAACAUAUCUCAAAUAAUGCUACUACAAAAUGGUGGUAGCUAGUCGCACUCAUGGCAUUCUGUCCACCAAGCACUGCAUCCACCUUAUCUUGUAAAGGACACCCAAAAACUUACUUCCUUCUCCUUCUCACGAACCAACCAAUCCACACCAUCAUCUUCAAGAAAUGUUACUGAUCAAACCAAUUGGCUCACCAACGGGGAAAUGGGUAGUAGCGCCAGCAGCAGAAGGUCUCUUCCCAGACCUCAAACACCUGCAGGUGACGGCGAUCCAAAGACGGCCCUCAACAAUCCCAAGUCCAACUACUGCGGUGAGUAUGAAUUCAUUACACAAAUUGACGGAGAAGGCCUAUGGUCCUUGUACUACUACUGCCGCCGCCGCAGCCGGCAGGAGGCAAGCGAGAUGGGACAGCAUCGCCGAUGAAGAGGACGACGGGGAGAACAACGAAGACGAAGAGUACAAUCAAGAAAUCGCGGUGCUGGAAUUCUACACUCAGAGUGCUAGAGGUGAAGCUCUUGUUGUUCAUGCUUCUGUGGAUGGCCGGCUUGUGGAAGUCCUCAUCUUCAGAGUUAAGUAAUCAGUCGAUUAUUAAUUGGUUCCCUAAUUUCAAUUUGUAAGCAAUUUAAUCAAUUGUGUGCUGUUAAUUAUAUAUUCAGGGAUUCUCGUCGUGCUUGAAUUACGGGACGGCGGCGGACCCGUCAAAGAGCGUUAUUCCGGCGAGGGCCGUGAUUAAAUGGGUAGACAGGAUUAAGGGGCCAUUUGAUCCUUCCAACAUUGAGUACUUGGAGAAAGAGAUCAGUUGGGAUUCAUUCAAGGCACGCCUUGCCUCUUCCCCUGUUCAAUAGUUGUGUAAUUUCCGACCUCAUAUAUUACUGUUUUCGUCACUUUCUAAUUAACAUAAUAAAACCAUUACAGUAAAUUAACCACCGAUCAUGGGUGAUUGCACAAAAUAGUAUAAAUUUUUAGGCUUAAUGAUAAAUUGAUAAGUAAAGGAUGGGAUGAUUGAUUAUAUACCGGUGUGGUUAAUGCUUCCAAUCUGAUUACCUUGAUUGUGCCUACUCGGAGUGUAGAUGGGCCGGAUGACAAGCGAGGCCCAAAAAGAGUAGAGAUUUUCAGCCCAAACUGGCAGCAGCCUUUAAAGCCCGGGUAUGCUUGAUCAGGCCAGCAGGGAAUGCUCAUAUAUUCGCUCAUUAGCUGCCUACUGCGUAACAGUAGUUUGUCAACUCUCGAUAGUCAACGGUAAUGGCUGACGUAAGAUGAGAAAUAAAACAAUUUGGAUCAAUAUUUGUUAAGCCAAAAAUAAUUGUACGGACCAUUUAGUUAUGUGCUUGUUGAGGGGAGUAGUUGGGAUGUGUAUAAUUAAUUUCACCGAAUGUCAACUAGCUAGCUUGAGAAGACUCUUUUAUUUCUAAUUUCUGCGUGAGAGUAAUUUGUAAAAGAAUUUCUACUAGAUUG